AUGUCAGGCGAGCCCUCGUGUUCAGCGACAACAGAAGUGCCAAAUGCGAACCCGGGACCCGACACCAGCCUCCCGCCCGCCGUCAUCGUCCUUGGCAUGGCUGGUUCCGGCAAGACGUCGUUCGUCCAGCGGCUGACUGCUCAUCUACACGCCAAGAAAACUCCGCCCUACAUCGUAAACCUGGACCCGGCCGUCCACAAACUCCCCUACCCGGUCAACAUCGAUAUCCGGGACACCGUCAAGUACAAGGACGUGAUGAAGGAGUACGGACUGGGCCCCAACGGUGCAAUUAUGACCUCGCUGAACUUGAUGUGCACCAGAUUCGACAAGGUGCUGGAUCUAAUCAAGCAGCGCAGCUCGACGUAUUCGAUGUGCCUUCUCGACACGCCGGGACAGAUUGAAGCUUUUACCUGGUCCGCGUCCGGCUCGAUUAUCACGGAUUCGUUGGCAAGUCAGCAACCAACGGUGGUCGUGUAUGUUGUCGACUCGGCCAGAGUCGCGAACCCGACGAACUUCAUGUCAAAUAUGCUCUACGCGUGCUCGAUUCUGUACCGGAAUAAACUGCCGUUCGUGAUCGUGUUCAACAAGUCGGACAUCGUGAAGCCGACGUUUGCGAUGAGAUGGAUGAAAGAUUUUGAAGAAUUCGGCGCGGCUUUGGAUGAGGGCAAGUCGAGCUAUAUGUCCGACUUGAGCCGUUCUCUCUCCCUGGUGCUCGACGAUUUUUAUGCGAAUCUGCGGACUGUUGCGACAAGUUCAUAUACCGGUGAAGGGAUGGAUGACGUGUGCCAGGCCAUUGAGGCAUCUGUCGAGGAAUAUAAGAAGGAAUACAUCCCGAUUUACGAGAAGACGAUGGCGAAUAAGAAGGAGGCUCUAGAGCAGGAGAGGGCGCGGCAGCUGGAGGAAAUGCGCAAGGAGACUGCAGUAUUGGCGGGCAGCAAUGAGGAGACAAUGAUAACCGCGCCCUUUGAGAAGAUUCAUAUUGGUGAGGAACCUGUU